AUGUCGAGGGCCUCUCGGCUGUGGAAAAAAGUACGGCAGACAAAUAAACACGAUGGUCUGUGUCUUUACGUCUAUCCCUUUUCCAUCCAGUGCAUUGUCGUCCAGCUUACGGUUGCCCUGGCCCUGCGGGGGAAACUCCGGGCCUCCCGCGACUUGGCCCAUCUAAAGUAUCGCCUGGUCAAUUUGGAGAAGAAUGAGAAUUUGCAGGAGUGGUAUCUGCUAGAAGUCAAUCCGCUCGGUCGGGUUCCCACGUUGACCGGCAAAGGGCUGCCGUCGCCAUUGACAGACUGUCUCUCGGUCAUCUACUGGGUUUGUGAACAAUGUCCAGAGUUGCUUCCUGCAAAGUAUCGCACAGAAAUAUUGCGACUGCUCACCCAAUUACACGAAAACUUUGAGGGUUACAGCAGUGCCAAUCCGGCCGUUGAAGACCUUUUAGCCAACCAUGACAUCACCCCCACCCACCGCCAGGCACUCGAGUAUAAGCGCGAAUGCCAGAGGAAGCAACGCGAGGUCGUCGCGAACAAUGUGUCUGACGGGCACAGCAUGACACAAGAAACCACCGCGUUUCUAGACGAGAUUGUCGUUCAACUCGAAAAGCAUGGUAAUGGUACCAUCUGGAUCUUCGGCGAUGUCGGCCCGACCGUGCUGGAUGCACAUGUUGUCGCCUUUGUUGCGCGGUUGACCGACAUCAGCCUGGAGGAUUUGGUUCCCCCAAUCCUGCGUGCGUAUGCCGCGACGAUAAUGGGUCUGCCAGAAUGGCAGCAGGUAAUGAAGGGGCGGCCGACCGUGUGGGACCCAUUGCUGGAGCCUGUCGAUGAGCUGCCCAAUUGA